CUAACCACAUGGUCCACAUCCAAACGGGACCUUAUGGGGUCUCACUCUCACCUGGUUUGAUUGUUAGAACUUACAAAGCUAGAAGAAGAGGGCUUUCAAGCUUUGCCGCCAAGUUUUAAUUUCCCUUCGUCGAUUGAGAGCCCUAAACGAGAAAACGAGAUCGAGAUUCUAAUCUUUGAUGGCUUCUUCAUCCAUCCCUCUCGAAGUGAUCGACGACGACGAAGAUGAAUUUGAUUGGGAGGCGGCCGUCCAAGAGAUUGACGUUGCGUGCCAGGGUGCGUCCGCCUCGACUUCAUACAACGCAAAGGAUUUUGCUAAUCCAUUUCGUUCUGAUACCAUAUUGAAGCGUAGUUGGGAUAAUGGGCUGCGGGAGAAUAACCUUUCCAAGCAGAAGCAGUCUGGGGGAGCCCGCCAAUCUACCCUUGAUAAGUUUAUUGGUGGAGUUAAUCAGAGAAAUGUUCCGGAUAAGCGGCCUAUCAUUCAUACAGUCGAUGAUAAUGAUAUGGUUGAUGAAGUCUCCUGCAGCGUGAGCAUUGAUCUUGAGGCAGCCAAAACAUGGAUCUAUCCAGUAAAUGUUCCACUCCGGGACUAUCAGCUUUCAAUUACAAAGACUGCUCUAUUCACCAAUACUUUGGUGGCAUUGCCGACGGGACUUGGGAAAACUCUUAUUGCUGCGGUUGUGAUGUACAACUACUUCAGGUGGUUUCCUGAAGGGAAGAUAGUGUUUGUUGCUCCUUCUCGACCUCUCGUCAUGCAACAGAUUGAAGCUUGCCAUAAUAUUGUUGGGAUUCCUCAGGAAUGGACAACUGAUAUGACAGGUCUUAUGAGCCCUUCAAAAAGAUCAUGCUUUUGGAAAACUAAGAGAGUUUUCUUUGUUACUCCGCAAGUGCUUGAAAAGGAUAUUCAGUCUGGCACAUGUUUUGUAAAACACCUUGUGUGCUUGGUGAUAGAUGAGGCUCAUCGAGCAAUGGGGAACUAUUCUUACUGUGUGGCAGUUCGUGAGUUGAUGGCUGUUCCGGUUCAAUUGAGGAUACUAGCUUUAACAGCAACCCCAGGAUCAAAACAACAGACCAUUCAGAAGGUUAUUGAUAACUUGAAUAUCUCAACACUUGAGUAUCGCAAUGAAAGUGACCCUGAUGUCAGCCCAUAUGUACACAAUAGGAAGCUGGAAUUAGUACAGGUUGCUAUGGGUAAAGAUGCCACUGAAAUAAAUAAUCUGCUCCUGGAAGUUAUACGGCCUUUUGUAGCUAGGCUUUGUGCGAUUGGGGUACUCCCUAGCAGAGAUUUUCAAACGUUGAGUCCCUGCGAGUUACUUAAUUCAAGGGACAAGUUCCGUCAAGCACCUCCAACAGCUGUUCCUCACACAAAAUAUGGUGAAGUGGAAGGAUAUUUUGGAGUUCUUAUUACUCUUUACCAUAUAAGAAAAUUACUUUCAAGCCAUGGAAUAAGGCCAGCAUAUGAGAUGCUUGAAGAGAAGUUGAAACAGGGGGCUUCUGCGAGACUUCUUAGUAAGAAUGAAGUAAUAUGGAAGGCGAAACUCCAAAUGGAGCGAAGUUUGUCUCAUGGUGCACCAAAUCCCAAAUUGGUGAAAAUGAUGGAAAUAUUGACCGAUCAUUUCAAAUCCAAUGAUCCAAAGAAAUCAAGAGUGAUCAUAUUCUCAAAUUUCAGGGGAAGUGUCAGGGACAUAAUGGAUUCUCUGUCAAAGAUCGGGGAGUUAAUCAAAGCUACGGAAUUUAUUGGUCAAAGCUCAGGAAAGGCUUUGAAAGGGCAGACACAGAAAGUACAACAGGCUGUUUUACAGAAAUUCCGUGCUGGUGGAUACAAUGUAAUUGUUGCGACAUCAAUUGGUGAAGAAGGUCUUGAUAUCAUGGAAGUUGAUCUUGUAAUAUGCUUUGAUGCCAAUAUCUCACCUUUGAGAAUGAUCCAGCGCAUGGGUAGGACAGGAAGGAAACAAGAUGGAAGAGUUGUAGUUUUAGCUUGCGAAGGAUCAGAACUGAAGGGAUACUUGCGAAAGAAAGCUAGCGGCAAGGCUGUAAGGAAACACAUGCGUAAUGGGGGGAUGCACUGUUUCGAUUUCCAUUCCAGUCCCAGGAUGAUUCCGCAUAUUUGCAAACCAGAAGUUCAGUUUGUUGAAUUCUCAAUUGAACAAUAUGUUCCUCGUGGAAGGAAUGUGAAAGAUGAUCCUGAGCACAGCUCCUCAUUUAUACACAAAAUCUCAGAUGCUGAGGCUGAAUUAAUUGCAAAGCACUUCGAUGCUUCGACAGAGGGUACAUGGAGACCAUCACUUAUCGCUUUUCCCAACUUCCAGGCAUUUCCUUCCCCAAUGAAUAGAAUAAUGCACUCAUCCAGAACAGGGAUGCUGAUUGAUGCCAUGCAACAUUUAAGAGGGCUGUCACUUUCAAAGGAUAUCAAAACCCCUUUGGAUGAGGGUGCAGUCUCUCCAUGUCAAGGGUUGGAAGCUGACAAUGUUACAGAAUAUGACAAGGAUGGGAAAGAUUCGAUUAGCAUCCAGAUCUAUCCAGAGGCAAACAUACAGAGAGAUAUUUCUCAUGAAGCUUCCCCUCAGGGAACCACAAGGAGUAAGGAGGAGAUUUAUGAACCAGAUUCUUUAACCCAGAAACAUCCUCCUCACUGCUUCUUAUUUGCAGCAGAUUUUGUAUCUAUUGGUGCCCAUGGGAGGGUCCUGAUUGCGUCUGUCCCUGUGCUUCCUUUGGCUAGAAAAUCUAAUGAGACUGUUAAAUCAGAUAGCAAAGACCUAUUGAGAUGCAUGAAGCAAGAUCCCUUUCCUAUGAUAUCUUCUGGUGAUCACAGUGAAACACAUAUCCAGACCAAACCAAACUUGAUAAACUCUGCUGAGACUCGAUGCAAAAACCAUGAUUCUGUGCUAAAUUCCUGUUUGGGAAACUGUAAUGAUCGUCGGGAAAACUCACUGCAUGGAUUAGAGAGCACUGUGUUGAGGACACCGAAACCAUACAGAAUGUUUGUGGUAAAUUCAGAAGACAGCACUCUUGUGACACCAGAUACGGCAAAUAGACCACCAACAUUGUUUGCUAAUGAGUCCGCAAGUGAUUGCAAGGAUGUGGAGCUGAGUCCCCGACUUACUAAUUUGAUGGAGAGAGGGCUUGUUCCAGAGUCUCCUAUUGGUGAGACUAGUAACUAUUCCCAUCCAAAAGAGCAUACGGUUUGUGUAAGUUUCCAAUGUGAGGAUGAAUUCUGUUGUGCACAUCCUAAGUGUUCUCCAGAUGUAGCUGGGAAGACUGUUAAAAAUUGUACUGUUCUCUCUGCGAAGAAAUCUAAUUGUGAAGGGAGAAAGAAUAACUUUUUGUCUCCGGAAUGUGUUUCCCCAGCCAAAUUAUGUACUGACAUCUCAUCAAAAAGUUUAAAUUUUGAUGGGAAUGGAAAUGUCAAGAUGGACAAUGGUCCCAAUUUGAAAGCAUAUGUCGCUGCUUCGUCAUCUGAUGGAAAAAUUCAAACUCCAUUAUGCACAAUGAGAAAUAGUGCCAAUGCCGAAGGAUGCACGUCAGGUUCUCCAGUCAACGAGGCAAUUCAUACUCCGUUAGUUAAUCUAACCAACAGCAGUUGUAGUAAAGAUUGGCGCUUGAGUUCUGGAGAGGCAUCAAAGGAUGUUCAGCAAACACGCAAGUUUAAAAGGUUGCGCAAGUUUGGGGACUUUGGAGGAAAGAAGCCUUCCAAAGCUAUGAAAGAAAAUUACAAAGGACCUAUAAAGAACCUUGGCAGGUCCUUUAGCAAAUCUAGCCCACCGAAGCACAUCAGAGGUAAGCAGAAAGUUUCAUUCACCCAUGCCAAAGACUUUAUCGAGGAGGAAGCUGAGGUAUCUUCAGAAGUAGAAGUAUCUGAUGAUGAAGAGGAUGAUAGAGACAACAGUUCAUAUGAUGAUAGUUUCAUAGAUGAUAGAAUAAAUCCUACUGCUGGAAGUACUCAAGCAGCUGCUGGAGUUGAUAUGAUGGCAAUUUACAGGCGUUCUUUGCUCACCCAAUCUCCAAGAGAGAACCAGCGAGACCGUUUGACCAACUUUAGUCCUGACUUGUUGCAAUCUGCCAGAGUGGCUGAUUCUGGAAGUUGUUCUUCGGAAAAGGUCAAAUAUUCGCUGCAGACUCCUCAAACUGGCUUAUAUUCUGGAAAUCUGUCAGAUGGGAGCAAUUCUGUUUCUUAUCAGAUGGGCUUAGAGAAGAAUUCCUUAGUGACUGUGCACGGUGAAACGGACAGCAUGCAAAGAGAAGAAAGCAAGAUAGAGAGGAGAAAACGAAAACUAAGUUUUAUCCAAGUUGGUUCUGUUCCUAAAAGUUGCUUACGGCAGGAAGGAUUGUUUCAAUCAUUAGCCACUGGCACUACAUCUCUUGACGUUCAAGCUUUGAGAGAUAAUACAAACGGAGAUGCCUUUGAUGAUGAUCAAUUUUAUGAGGGUCUUGAUUUUGAUGAAAUGGAGGCACAGGCUUCCAAACUUCUGCAGUUAAAGCCCGAGGUUCCAAUAGAGGGUAGACAAAUGGUUGAUCUCAAUCCAUGCAUUGAGGAAGGUCAGAAUCUGAAUUCUCCAUCAUUUGAUCUUGGAAUAUGAUGGCUGUGAUACAAAUGGAAUUCAUGCUGCUGAGACACGGCAAGGAUAUGACCGGGGAAUGGCAUUUUGAACUUGUAAACGAAGUGACUAUCAUAACAUUGAAUACUGCUGUCUUAAGAACAUCUGAAAAGAUUGGUGCUGCAUAUUGUCAAGAAAGGAAUUGCAUCAAGUCGAGAUCAAUAAUCCAUGGAGUUCACUUAAGUGAUGGGAUGAGCUUCUUAGUGGUGCAAUAUUGUAUUUAUGGUGUAUAAUGGAUGGCAGUGUGGAGCAAUUGAGAAAUAUAUUCACUGUAUAUGUAAUUUAUAGCAUCAGUUGUAUCAUAGGUACAAAGUUAUAGAAAGCAAAUUGUAAAGAAAGUUUCAAUUGGUCAAUUCGGCCAAACCUUUUGUAUAGUUGGACUUUGUACAGUUUGAAUCAGAAAUUAUGUUUUAUACUUUAUUUA